GCAGCUGCUCCUCUUUACGCUGGCGAAUCACACACUCACACACUCACGCACGCGCUGGAGUCUCCUGCCUUUUGUCCCACAGCUCAUCCAUAUAAGCAAAGCAAGGAGCUGCAGUUCCGUACACACACACACACACUAAUACACACCAACACACUAUUAUACACACACUUAUACACAUCACACACGCUGCAGGCCCGGGGCUGCACUUCGGCCAGCCCGCGCGCAACGCAUCUCCAAACCGGGAGCGGGAACGUCCUACACCUCCACCUGCACCUCCACCUGCACCCGCACCCGCUCACUCCUGACCCACGAGGAGGAUUUAGGACACACCGAUGGCGCGAGCGACCGGCAUUCUUUCCAUAUAAACUCCACAGUUUUGGUGUAGACGCUGACGACCACCAUGGUCGACACCUGAGCGCCAGCAGGCUCGAGCGCAGCGCUCCCGUUAUUAUUUUGUUUUUUGUUGGUAUUUGUUUUGUUGUUAUUUUUGUUUUUGUCGUUGUCAUUGUUUUUUCACACCCCUCCACGUGAUCUGAUCGCUGAUCGCGAACUUGCUGAAGUUGGCGCGCGGAGCUCGGAGCGUCACUUGACCCUCAUUUUCUUCUUAAUUCUGCUCGUAAAAACAGCGAGACGGCGGCUUCAGCUGAGUACCUGUCCCUGCUCUGCUGCCCCAUGGAUAUCCACUGCAAAGCAGACCCCUUCUCCGCCAUGCACAGGCACGGAGGAGUGAACCAGCUCGGUGGGGUGUUCGUGAACGGCAGACCCCUACCUGACGUGGUUCGCCAGAGGAUAGUAGAGCUGGCCCACCAAGGAGUCCGACCCUGCGAUAUCUCCCGGCAGCUGAGGGUCAGCCACGGCUGUGUGAGCAAGAUCCUGGGCAGGUACUAUGAGACGGGCAGUAUAAAGCCUGGAGUAAUCGGAGGCUCCAAGCCAAAGGUCGCUACGCCCAAAGUGGUGGAUAAGAUCGCGGACUAUAAGAGACAGAACCCCACCAUGUUCGCCUGGGAGAUCCGGGACCGGCUGCUGGCCGAGGGGAUCUGCGAUAACGAGACCGUCCCCAGCGUCUCCUCCAUCAACAGGAUUAUCCGGACCAAGGUUCAGCAGCCCGUAUCACCCUUCUCUGACGGAACAUCCCUCUCAACACCUGGACACACUAUAGUACCCAGCACAGCGUCCCCUCCGGUCUCCAGUGGAUCCAGUGACCCUGUGGGCUCCUAUUCCAUUAACGGCAUUCUGGGCAUCCCUCGUUCCAAUGGAGAAAAGAGGAAAAGAGAAGAUGAUGGGUCAGAAGGCUCAGGUCAGAACAGUGAUUCGCAGGGCAGUGUGGAGAGCCUGAGGAAACAUCUACGUGCUGACGCCUUCACCCAGCAGCAGCUGGAGGCCCUGGACCGAGUGUUCGAGCGGCCGGCCUACCCCGACGUCUUCUCCUCCUCAGAACACGUCAAACCCGAACAGGCUAGCGAGUACGCCCUCCCCGGACUGAACUCUGGCCUGGAUGAGGUCAAACCCAGCCUGUCGUCUAGUAGCUCGUCGGACCUGGGUCCCAGCGUGUCACAAAACUACCCUGUAGGCAGAGAUAUGGCCAACACAACCCUACCUGGCUAUCCACCUCAUGUGCCCCCUACAGGGCAGGGCAGCUACCCAACAUCAACCCUGGCUGGAAUGGUUCCUGGGAGCGAAUUUUCAGGGAAUCCCUACAGUCACCCACAAUACACCACAUACAACGAGGCAUGGCGCUUCAGCAACCCGGCAUUACUAAGUUCCCCUUAUUAUUAUAGUGCAUCCCGAGCCUCUGCCCCACCAGCUGCUGCCGCUGCCUACGACCGCCACUAGUUACCCCGGACACCAGACCCGGCACCACGCCCACAGCCUCGGACUUCGCAUUGUGCCAGUGUGAGCGGCGCAGCUGAUUGGACGCGGGCCACCUUCCGUACAUCACAUGAUGAAAGAGCGGGCCAACCAGGACGCCAGACGGCUAUCCCACAUUCAGCCAUUCAAAUCCAAGAGGCCAACUGUUACAGUGGGUGCACCCGUCUCAAAGACUCCACUAAUAAAUCUGAUCAGAAUUAAUCAUCAGAACAGGGGGCGAUAAGAAGGAGGCAGCGAUUUUAUUUUUAUUUAAUUGUUUUUUAUUAAAAAAACAAACAAACAUGGUUUGAUGGAUGGAUUUUGCUUUCUUUUUCUGAACUUCAGGUUUAUGUUUUUGUGGAUGAAAACAUUCCUUUUUAUAACCGUUCGGCAAAGGAAGUCCAUUAUUUUCUCUCUCUUUCUCUCCUUCUCUUUUCCUCUCAUUUUCUUUAUUCUCUUUCUAAGCAGUGCAAUUAAAGCAGCAUAAGUUAUCAGUAUCUCAAAUAAAAAUAAAUACACUACACUUAGAAAUGAAAUAAAGCUGCUGCAAAAGGUUCUUUGUGGACACUCCUUAUAAUGAGUGCAUUCAUUUAUAAUGCUUCGUUUUGUAUGUUUUUUUUUCAACCAUUGCUUACAUACACAAAUUCACACAAAUCCAUAGAGCUUGCUUAAUCCCUGUACAGAAGAACAGAUUAGGACCCUCUGAAGCACAUGGUUGUAAAGUCCUCCAGCAUUGAGCUGGAAUGAUGGUGCUCCAUCCAGUGCUUUUGGAUGGUAUGAGUUGGAAGUUGGGCAUGAGGUGGGGAGGCAUCCAACACUGAUCAUGUCAUCCAACUUUCUAUCCUCAUCAAUGCUUGCUAUUGUUGAGGAAUUCAAAUCCUCACAGCAAUAGUCCGAAAAUUUUAGUAGAAACAGGAAUGCAGCAAAUAUUCAGCAACCAAAAUAAUUAAGCCAAAAAAGCAAAAAAGUUUGGCCAAAAAAAGAGAAACUGAAUGAAUUAUACAGAAUGAUGACUUUUUCAGUAAUACAAUCGCUUUUCAGAGUUCAGCAAAUCAUUUUAAAUUGAGGAAAAGCAAGACAAAACACAUUCAUGAUGUUUAAUUCAUGCAAUAGUGAAAAAAACAUUGUAUUUAAUUUUGCUUGGUUCCAGUUAAUGCCAAAAAAAAUCAUAAUGAUGCAUCUCUAGUAGAAAGACUUCCUUGAUUUUAGAAGAAUCGUUAAAUAAAUAAGCAGGUGUCCCAAUACUUUUGCCCAUAUAUAUGUAUGUGUGAACGUGUAUUACUCAAAGAACCUUUUGUAGGAGCUUUUCUUGUCAUUUUAAAGUGUAGGUGUUCACCCAAUCAGCACACUACAUCUGAACCCACCCAGCAACUGAACCCCCCACAACCACCCCCCCCCCCCUCUCUCACUCAGCACACGAUCCAGUCCAUCAGUGCGACCAAUGGAAGGAUGAGUAAUUAGCAGCUAGCAUCUCCUCUGUGUGAAAAACAAUCAAAGGUAUAAAAUGUAAAACAAAAAAAAAGUGAGGAGAAAGACAUUUAUCCACUGGAGGAGAAAACCGACCCGCUGAACGCUCCGGUCCCCAGCUGACCAGGCUGUAGAAUGACUAAAUAUAUAUUCUUAAAUUAAGUUUUUUGAAUUUCUUUUUUUUUUAUAAUAUUGAAAGCUUAAUCUGAGAUGAAAUGCAGUAUGCAUGGUUUAUUUUUGUUAGUUCUACUGUAUGUGUUUGUUGGAACAAUACCAGGCAUUAUCAACUUUAUUAACACAAACCUUCUUUUUGCACUAAAGAUCAUUCAUUCAGACUUCAGGUACACUCUAUCCUGCUACCUUCACCAUUACAAACAAUAUCCCAAAUCAUAGUAUAUUUGGGUUAAGAUACAGAGCAAAUAAGGGUGUCAGAAAGAUUUACUAUGAUCUAGGUAACAAUGGCAUCUUUUCCACUGCAGGGCAGAACGUUUCUACAUUUCGGUGGCAUUUUUACAUGGUCAGAGGUCGACACGGAACAAUUAGAGCAGUUUUCAACAUGGUUAGUUAAUCAUGCUUGGAGCUAACCAUCUAUAGUGAGAGGGUAUAAUGGCGUAGGGAUCCACUGCUUGGCUUCAUACUUGCAUCACCUUGGAAGAUGGGCAUUAGAAGAUGUGAUAAUACUGUGGUAGCCAUGUUGGACAAGACCAGUAACUGAUGUAUAAACAAUGCAGUAACAGUGUUGGACAAGGCCUGUAUCUAUUGAUGUGCUAACACUUUGGUAGCCAUGUUGCACAAGGCCAGGAACUAAUGUAAAAACACUGCAGUAACAGUGUUGGACAUACUGAGGUACUAACACUGUGGUAGCGAUGUUGGACAUGGCAGUGACUACUGAGGUACUAACACAGUACUUGCAUCAUCUUGGGAGACGGGCAGUAGCAGAUGUACUAACACCGUGGUAGCGAUGUUGGACAAGGCCUUUAACCCAUGUGCUAACACUGUGGUAGUGAUGUUGGACAAGGUCAGUAACUGAUGUGCUAAGACUCUGGUUGCCAUGUUGGACAAGACUGAUGUGCUAAUGUCACAGGAGCAUUGUAGACCAAGGCUUGUAACAUAUGUGAUAACACUAUGGUAGUGAUGUUGGACAAGGUUGGUAACUGAUAUGCUAAUGAUACAGAGGCUUUAGUAACAUUUUAGCCCUGCAGUGAAAAAAGACCAUUCACCCUCCUGCUAUAUAUUUUACCGGAUUGCCAGUACAACACUUUUCACUUCAUUAUUGAUCCUCUGGCUGCUCUGAAACUGAAAUAUUAAAAUUCUUGUACACUAUUCCCUUUCUCUACUGAGGUUUUAUGUACUGUACUUUAAAUGGAGUGAUAAUGGGAGCUGUAUCACACACUACUGACCCAGUAUAGCACCCAACUCUCCUCAUGUGUUUACAGAUUUUUUUUUCUACUACUGACAUUUUUUCAGAAUAUCACUGAAACCACAAUUCAAGCGGAAGUUGUACUAAAUUAAAAAAUAACGGAAUAUGAUUGGCUUUAAGUUCAAAACACAGGGUCCCACUUAAUAUUAUAAGUAUGUGUAAUUACAUAUUAAUAACCCAGACAUCAACAGUGAUCUAUUCACCGUUAUAACUGGAUUACAGUAGAACAGCUUGGGUCUAUACAAAUGAAUUGACCUUAAUUAUAAAAACUAUUUAAAGGCAUAAUAAUGUAAUUACAUCCUUCUAAUAAUAAAUAAUAAAAUGUUAACAAAAAUAUUCAGACAUUUAUUCAAAUAUAUAAUUAUAUAAGCUGGACUACUGCAAUGCCUCUGUAACAGUGUAUGUCAUUAAUUACAACUAGUUUAUUACACGUUACACGUUUAUUAAAUUGCUUAUUAAAAUAAUAUGAAGUGGGAUCGAAUAGUCUUGUAAAGUCUGGCUGUUUAAAUAUAAUUCAAUCUGACCACAGAAAAAAGUCAUAUAUUGUUCUAUAUUCCAGGACAUAUGAGUGCAAUUCAUAACAAUGUUACAGAAAAUCAGUCAAGCACAAAUUACAAAAUGAAACAAAAGCAGUAAAAUACUUUUAUCACACUUGCCAAAGAUUUUUGUUUGCUAUUUUUAUUUACAGUCUGUUUACUUGUAUGGAAUUGAAAACAGUAUUAUGGUUAAAGCAUUUUUUAAGUAUGUACACCUAUGCAGAGUAAAAAAAGUAACAGUCAUAUGCAUACAAUACUACUGAAAGAUUUUUCGUUUGUUUGUUUGUUUGUUUGUUCGUUUUUCUUAUUUAUAUAUUUUUUGUUAUUUUGAAAUUGUGAAAGGUUGUUGCUUUAUUAAAUUGAUUGUGUGAAUUGACAUUUUCCCCAACUGUGUAAAUAUAUAUAUUCAUGUACAAAAUAACAACAGCAAUGAAAUUGGUCUCAUCUGUCAGUUUGGUUUGGUAAAUAACAUAUGGAGCAGAAAUACGAGAGCAAGACAACUGUCCUGUUGAAACGAGUCCCAAAACAUGGAUGAUUAUAAUUCGGCUUUGCUGGAUGAAGUACGUUUUUAAUCCGUUCGCAACAACAGCUCUUAUCUUCUGCCUGAAAACACUGCACACAAAUCCACCCUCCAGACCAGCCCAGUCUGAGAACAGCCCAGUCUGAGAACAGCCCAGUCUAUGAACAGCCCAGUCUGAGACCAGACAAGUCUGAGAACAGUCCAGUCUGAGACCAGACAAGUCUGAGAACAGUCCAGUCUGAGACCAGUCCAGUCUGAGAACAGUCCAGUCUGAGAACAGUCCAGUCUAAGACCAGUCCAGUCUGAGAACAGUACAGUCUGAGAACAGGCCAGUCUGAGACCAGACAAGUCUGAGAACAGUCCAGUCUGAGACCAGACAAGUCUGAGAACAGUCCAGUCUAAGACCAGUCCAGUCUGAGAACAGUCCAGUCUGAGAACAGUCCAGUCUAAGACCAGUCCAGUCUGAGAACAGUCCAGUCUGAGAACAGCCCAGUCUGAGACCAGACAAGUCUGAGAACAGUCCAGUCUGAGACCAGACAAGUCUGAGAACAGUCCAGUCUAAGACCAGUCCAGUCUGAGAACAGUCCAGUCUGAGAACAGUCCAGUCUGAGAACAGUCCAGUCUAAGACCAGUCCAGUCUGAGAACAGUCCAGUCUGAGAACAGCCCAGUCUGAGAACAGUCCAGUCUAAGACCAGUCCAGUCUGAGAACAGUCCAGUCUAAGACCAGUCCAGUCUGAGAACAGUCCAGUCUGAGAACAGUCCAGUCUAAGACCAGUCCAGUCUGAGAACAGUGCAGUCUGAGAACAGCCUGGUCUGAGAACAGCCGAGUCUGAGAACAGUCCAGUCUGAGACCAGUCCAGUCUGAGAACAGCCCAGUCUGAGAGCAGCCCAGUCUGAGAGCAGUCCAGUCUGAGACCAGUCCAGUCUGAGACCAGUCCAGUCUAAGACCAGUCUGAGACCUGCCCAGUCUGAGAACAAUCCAGUCUAAGAACAGUCCAGUCUGAGAACAGUCAAGUCUGAGAACAGCCCAGUCUGAGAGCAGUCCAGUCUAAGAACAGUCCAGUCUGAGACCAGCCCAGUCUGAGAACAGUCCAGUCUGAGAACAGUCCAGUCUGAGACCAGCCCAGUCUGAGAACAGUCCAGUCUGAGAACAGUCCAGUCUGAGAACAGUCCAGUCUAAGACCAGCCCAGUCUGAGAACAGCCCAGUCUGAGAGCAGUCCAGUCUAAGAACAGUCCAGUCUGAGACCAGCCCAGUCUGAGAACAGUCCAGUCUGAGAACAGUCCAGUCUGAGACCAGCCCAGUCUGAGAACAGUCCAGUCUGAGAACAGUCCAGUCUGAGAACAGUCCAGUCUAAGACCAGCCCAGUCUGAGAACAGCCCAGUCUGAGACCAGCCCAGUCUGAGACCAGUCCAGUCUGAGAACAGUCCAGUCUGAGAACAGUCCAGUCUGAGAACAGUCCAGUCUAAGACCAGUCCAGUCUGAGAACAGCCAGUCUGGGAAGCAAUGAUUAGUGAAGCACUGGUUCUUUUACAACAUACAGAUCCAGCUAGAAGAACACUGUUGUGGACGGACAGCUUCAUGCCGAUCCACCAAUGAAACCCACUAAGCCAUCACCGUAACCAUGGAGACUAACUCAUAUUUAAGGACAUUUCUAUUCCCUUUGAAAGAAACACAUCAAACAAACUGAAUCUGAAUCUGAUUCAGGAUCUGAUGACUCAACCUACCUUCAAUGUUCCUGAACGAAUCCUACAGUUAUAAUUUUGUCAAUAACUUAUUAAUUAUUAAAGGCUAAACUGACCUUAAAGACUGAUAGCUGAGGUGUGUCUGAAUUGUGAAGAGACAAAAAAAAACUUAUGACUUCAAUCAUUGUUUAACUAUGAGUCUGAAUUUUUGUGCACAUGAGAAAUAAAUUUUAUAUGUCAAACCAGAAA